AUGGGCAUGAAACACUCCUCCCGCUGCCUGCUCCUAAGGAGGAAAAUGGCGGAGAAUGCUGCCGAGAACACGGAGGUGAGCAGUGCGCCAUCUCAGCCCCCUCAGCCUGUCAUCCCACCCAAGCCUGUGCAAUGUAUUCACCAUGUAUCUACUCAGCCCAGCUGCCCGGGACGGGGCAAGAUGUCCAAGUUGCUGAACCCAGAGGAGAUGACGUCAAGAGAUUAUUACUUUGACUCCUAUGCCCACUUUGGAAUCCACGAGGAAAUGCUGAAGGAUGAGGUGCGGACGCUCACAUACCGGAACUCCAUGUACCACAACAAGCACGUGUUCAAGGACAAAGUGGUGCUGGAUGUUGGGAGUGGGACUGGCAUCCUGUCCAUGUUUGCUGCCAAAGCGGGUGCCAAGAAGGUGUUUGGGAUUGAAUGCUCCAGUAUUUCUGACUACUCAGAGAAGAUCGUUAAGGCCAACCACUUGGACAACAUCAUCACCAUAUUUAAGGGUAAAGUGGAGGAGGUGGAGCUUCCCGUGGAGAAGGUGGACAUCAUUAUCAGCGAGUGGAUGGGGUACUGUCUGUUCUAUGAGUCAAUGCUCAACACAGUCAUCUUUGCCAGGGACAAGUGGCUGAAACCUGGAGGGCUUAUGUUUCCAGACCGGGCGGCUUUGUACGUGGUAGCAAUUGAGGACAGACAGUACAAGGACUUCAAAAUCCACUGGUGGGAGAACGUCUAUGGCUUUGACAUGACCUGUAUCCGGGAUGUUGCCAUGAAGGAGCCCCUGGUGGACAUCGUGGACCCAAAGCAAGUGGUGACCAAUGCCUGUUUAAUAAAGGAGGUGGACAUUUACACCGUGAAGACAGAAGAGCUGUCGUUCACAUCUGCCUUCUGCCUGCAGAUACAGCGCAACGACUAUGUCCACGCCCUGGUCACCUACUUUAAUAUCGAAUUUACCAAGUGCCACAAGAAAAUGGGGUUUUCCACAGCCCCUGAUGCUCCCUACACCCACUGGAAGCAGACUGUCUUCUACUUGGAAGAUUACCUAACUGUCCGAAGGGGGGAGGAAAUCUAUGGAACCAUAUCCAUGAAGCCAAAUGCCAAAAACGUGCGAGACCUCGAUUUCACAGUAGACUUGGAUUUUAAGGGACAGCUGUGUGAAACAUCUGUAUCUAAUGAUUACAAGAUGCGUUAGCACACAGGGGAGGCUGCAGAGAGCGAGCAAGAAAAGGGACUCUCACCUUGAUCUGCUGCGAUGUCUCAAGGAACACUGUUAGCAGGACUCCACACUGGAAAACCAGAGUUUUCAACUCUGCCUUGAAGAUUGGUGAACACACCAGGGCUCCCGUGGGCCCCGCCAUGGACGGGGGGGGCCUCCGCCUCCUCUGCUCUGCCCUGGGAGCCCUUCCCGAAGGUUUCAUUGUCUCCAACAAUGAGCAACCUCAUGUGCUGUGGCUGGGGCUCCAUGGAUGGAACCGUACCCAUGUAUCCCCAUCGUCCUAAACCGUGACUCUCGAAUCUUCCAAGUUUUGCAUGCCGCAGGAACCUAGGACAGAUUGCUUCCACUAGAACCUGGAGACGUAGUGUCUUUGAUAGCAUAAGCCAGAUUAUCUGUGCGGUGGUGUGCGUGCAUAUGGCAUAUAUUAGUUUAUUAGCCCACAAAUACUUGUAUAUGCAUGCAUAUACAACUGAGUGGGUAUACUUACGUGUUCGUUCAGAGGGGUGCGUGUGUGCGCGUGUGCGCGUGUGUGCGCGUGUGCGGCUGUGUGCGCGUAGACUAUAUAUUACUCUCAGAAGGGAUUCUGUUGCUUUCGAAUAGGAAUUUGUUCUGUGAUUAGUUCUCCCCUUCCCCCUCCCUUAACAGAUGUUACGCAGCUAUGAAACGUUCUCUGUACUAGCUCCGGUCUUUGACUGGAAUGUGGCUCUGAACCAUGGGCUCUAUACCACGGACUCUGUGGGCGCUCAAUAAACACACAUGAGAAC